UAGGAACCGUCAACAAAAGUCAUCGGUAAAAACGCAAAAAUAGUUACGUAAUCAUUAAAAAUAACGCGAUGUACAGUUUGGCUCAAAAGUUAUUAUUUGCAGUUAUUAUAUGAAUCAGAUGGAUUUGUAUUUGUUCGGGUUUAUUUUCCGAGAGUCCUGUGCGCAAAGGGUUGAACUUGAAGCCGGAAGAAGCGUUAAGUCUGCUCGGCAACAAGCGCCAUCAUGCGUUGCAGCGCGCGCGCGCGCAUCCUGCCAGCAUCUGGAGCCAAACAUGGAGCAGCUGGAAGAAGAGCUGACGUGCCCGAUCUGGUCCGUGCUCUUCGAGGACUCCCGAGUCCUCUACUGUUCGGACAGCUUCUUUCGGAAGUGCCUCCUUGAAUCUCCCCGGGGCUCUUCUUUCUCCAGAUCGCCGUUUAGGUGCCCAAGCCGCAAGGAGAGCUCGAACAACGGUGCCAACAGCCUGCAUGUCACUUACUCCCUCCGCGAUCGCCUCAAAGUGGCGCCCAAAACGGGCUUGUGCGCUCACCACACCGUGCAGCCACUCAACAUGUUCUGCGCCACGGACCUGAGGCGGCUCUUUUGCGGCUGUUGCGCGACCGCCGACGAGAACCGGGGCCACCGUUAUUGCUCCCUCGAGGAAGCGCACGAGAUAGAGAGGCGCGCCUUUGAUGAACUGCUGCGUGGCGCGGAGGGCUGGCCGAGCGUGGAUGCCCUCGCCUCCAUGGAGACUCUGCAAGCCGCCAAGAAGGACGCGAGCGACAACUUGUACAAGUUGGCAGCCGCGCUGGAGAACAAGAACGAGAUCCUGUGCGACUUGGAGACGCACAGGCUGGCCGUCAUGCAGGCGCACGACCCGGAGAUGACGCGGCUGCCCGACAGACCGGACCGCCAGCGCGCUGACCGCCGCGUCACGGAGCCGCUCGGCUUCCUCGAGCAUCUGCACGACUUCCGAUAAAUGUUGGCUGACCUGAAUGAGGAGGAGAAAAAGAAGGAUGAGAAACCUACCUAUCGGAAACCCCCGGAAGUCCCCCCUCUCGUCGUCAAAAAUUGGAGGCUCGGUGACGUCGAUAAAAUGUCACUGCCCCACGAGAGGAAGGUGGCGGCUGAGACGUCACGCCGGUGGUCCAUGCGCUGGCUUGCGGCGUGGGGUCUCUUCUUGGCGCCCUCCACGUUGGAGCACGGUGGCAGCAGCAAUGGGGAGCGCCUGUGGCAGAUGAUUGGCGAGUUCACGCAGGUCGUGGGCCACAUCAUUGACGCUGUCACUUACAUUGUCAUUUGUACGUUGAUUUAAGUGAAGGUAUUUGUAUUUAUACACAUUUCUUCUUUCACCUUUAAAUUCUGCAGCCUGGACGCAUGCAAAAUCCGUUUUUUUAUACAGCACCUAAUUAAAUGUGGUAUUUUUGGUUCCUUUCCCUUGAGGCUUUUCCAAAUAAAAACACGAUCGUUUUAAAUGCUUGUUUGAAUUAAACUGGAAUUGAUUUAAAUCUA